GUUUAUAUUUAUGUUUUAAAGUUUUGACGGCGGGAAUACUAGUAAAUGUAUUUGUUAUGUACGUAAAUUUAUCCUAUACCCAGUUAUUUUUCUAUUAUUGGUAUACGUUGUUACAUAACUUGGUUUUGCAAGUCAAAUGGCACACCGGCAGAAAGACUCAGACAGAGAAUCGUCGUGGGACAAAUUUUUCAGUAAAUGGAGUAAACGACGCCGGAAGAAAAACUCGGACAGAGAAUUGGCGUGGUCCAAAUUUUUCAAUAGAUGGACUAAACGGAGUGCAAAAUCAGUGAAUGAAGAUAUUCCUUAUAAAUAUCUUACCGGGCAGACUGCAUCUCUUGACAAGAGAAAAUUGCGUCCAGUUAGAGGCAGUCAACUUUUUAAAAAAUACAAAUAUGGAAAGAUUAACAAAUAUACGGAAGUCCAGAGAAAAGUUCCGAGAAGGAAACGCCCAAAUGUGGCCACUAAUGACGUUAAUACAGUGGGUGAGAAAUCACUGCAGCAAUUUCAAGAUGACCAUGUAUCCAGCAAGUGCCAGAAAGAGUCUCCAGUGGAUGCCAGUGAGAAACCAAAUACUACCAUUUUUACUCGGUCUCGUCUGCAUGCAACUCAAUCACAACAGAACCAUCAAGAAGGGUAUAAAUAUGAAGAAGAUGAGUUAUCCCCUAUUUUCAAAAAGCCCAGACUGCUUGCUCAAUGUAUAAGGAAAUUCGAAACAGAUACUGGUGAUCAGGAUGUUGACACGCCAGUGAAGAGGAAGAAAGAACCUUCUAAGAGGAGGAGGAAGAGGAGGAGGGUAACGAGUGAGACAGUUUGCAAACAUGAAGAUGGAGACACAGCAUCUUUCUCCAAGCCACGAAAAUGCAUGGUUGAUGAACUGGCCACUGUGAAUUGCAGUUUGAAAAAAAAAGUGUCAGUAAGUGUUUCUGGCCCAGAAGCAACCAAAUUAUCGAAACCUCAAGUUUGCAAACAUGAAGAUGAAGACACAGCAUCUUUCUCCAAGCCACGAAAAUGCAUGGUUGAUGAACUGGCCACUGUGAAUUGCAGUUUGAAAAAGAAUGUGUCAGUAAGUGUUUCUGGCCCAGAAGCAACCAAAUUAUCGAAACCUCAAGUUUGCAAACAUGAAGAUGAAGACACAGCAUCUUUCUCCAAGCCACGAAAAUGCAUGGUUGAUGAACUGGCCACUGUGAAUUGCAGUUUGAAAAAGAAUGUGUCAGUAAGUGUUUCUGGCCCAGAAGCAACCAAAUUAUCGAAACCUCAAGUUUGCAAACAUGAAGAUGAAGACACAGCAUCUUUCUCCAAGCUACGAAAAUGCAUGGUUGAUGAACUGGCCACUAUGAAUUGCAGUUUGAAAAAGAAUGUGUCAGUAAUUGUUUCUGGCCCAGAAGCUUCCAAAUUAUCGAAACCUCAAGAUUACAAAAAUGGAUGUGAAGAUAAUUUAUUGGCCUCUGUGCAAGGGGAAUUCAUACUUAACGAACUGGAUAGACAAAAAUACAGUUUGAGACCUGAUGUAACUUCAGAUAGUUCUCACUCACAAGCCUAUAGAACAGCAAAUUUUCAAGGUAAUAGAAAUGGAUGUGAAGAUAAGAUACCACCCUCAGUGCCACGAGAGUGCAUGCAUAAUGGAUUGGAUGGACCAAAUUCCAGCAUGAAAACUAAUGUACCUACAAAUAAAUCUGAUUCAAAAAGCUAUAAGCUUUCAAAGGCCCAGGAUUAUAGAAAUGGAUGUGAAGAUAAGGUACUGCCCUUAGUGCCAGGUGAAUGUAUGCGUAAUGGAUUGGAUGGACCAAAUUCCAGAGUGAAAACUAAUGUAGCUACAAAUAAAUCUUAUUCGAAAAGCUGUAUGCUUUUAAAGCCACAGGAUUAUAGAAAUGGAUGUGAAGAUAAGGUACUGCCCUUAGUGCCAGGUGAAUGUAUGCGUAAUGGAUUGGAUGGACCAAAUUCCAGAGUGAAAACUAAUGUAGCUACAAAUAAAUCUUAUUCGAAAAGCUGUAUGCUUUUAAAGCCACAGGAUUAUAGAAAUGGAUGUGAAGAUAAGGUACUGCCCUUAGUGCCAGGUGAAUGUAUGCGUAAUGGAUUGGAUGGACCAAAUUCCAGAGUGAAAACUAAUGUAGCUACAAAUAAAUCUUAUUCGAAAAGCUGUAUGCUUUUAAAGCCACAGGAUCAUAGAAAUGGAUGUGAAGAUAAGGUACUGCCCUUAGUGCCAGGUGAAUGUAUGCGUAAUGGAUUGGAUGGACCAAAUUCCAGAAUGAAAACUAAUGUAGCUACAAAUAAAUCUGAUUCAAAAAGCUGUAUGCUUUCAAAGCCACAGGAUUAUAGAAAUGGAUGUGAAGAUAAGGUACUGCCCUUAGCGCCAGGUGAAUGCAUGCGUAAUGGAUUGGAUGGACCAAAUUCCAGAGUGAAAACUAAUGUAGCUACAAAUAAAUCUUAUUCAAAAAGCUGUAUGCUUUUAAAGCCACAGGGUCACAGAAAUGGAUGUGAAGAUAAGGUAUUGCACUCAGUGCCACGAGACUGCAUACAUAAUGGACUGGAUGGACCAAAUUCCAGUUUGAAAAAUGAUACAGUUGCAAAUAGUUCUCACUCACAACACUCUAAACUGUUAAUGUCUCAAGAUUAUACAUACUAUCGAAAAAGAACUAAGAAGAAACCUUGGCCGUAUAUUAUAGUGGAAAGUGACACCGAUGAAGAUGAAUAAUAAUUCAACAAAAUUUAUGGUGAUAUUCAACUGCUGCUGCCAUUGAAGAAUUGUUAUUUCCAUCCAGUAAUACAAAAGAUGGAUGUGUAUGCCUUUGUGAUAGUUCCAAGACUAAAAAGACUGCAAGAGCUGUGAAAGAGAUUGACAUCAGUUUUUAAAUGUGGUUUCUCGUGAAGAUCAUUACAAGAAAUCUGUCAAACAUUUCUACCUGCUUUGUGAUACCCACAGAAAAAGGGCGUAAUGAAUAAUGACACUAGGAACUUCAACUUGAACUUUCUGCUGUUUAAAAAUGAUAAUAUAUUGGAGAAUAAAACCUCAUGUUUAUUUUAUGGUUGUAUAUUGACUUGACACAGUAAUGUUUUUAAACAUUACCAUUGAAUGACUUUUAAUUGAAAAGUAACAUCUCAGUUAUAUAAAAGAAUAGUCCUUUAAGUUAACAGUUGGCAUUCCGUUCACUUAAAUAAUAUGACAGCAUCUGAUUUUGCUUAUCAGUACUUGACAUAUUCAGAUUAUAUUUGAUUGUGUGAUAAUCACAAGAAAAUCAAACUGUUGACUCAAAAACCUGUUCCCUGUGACUUUGUUGCUUGUACUAACAUGUGUUCACUGCUGCGAAACUAGACUUCAUAAUAGGCUUGUGAACAUG